CACGAUUGAUGGAUGUGUGAGUUUGUUCAAUCUGACGGCCAAGAGAAAAAGGUCCCACUUUUGAUGGUUUAAACCUCAGCUGUAUCCAAACCCAUCCUCCUCUUCUAUCUAGGGUUUUCCCUCACUGAACUUUCGCCUACAGUUCUCUUUUUUCUACCAACACCUCGCUAUCUAACUUCAUUUUUUACCUUCACCCAAUUCGAUUCGCUUACUGGGGUUUCCUUAAUAAUCCGGUUCUGUAAGUUUGCUUCCUUCUUUCUUCGAGAAAUCUUGCAAUUUCUUAACUUUUGUUUUCUUUUUUUGUAAUUUGUUGUGUGCGGUUGAAUUUUCUGCGUGUUGGGAAAGUGGGAGAGGGUUUUUCUUUUUCUUUUCCUUUUUUUUUUUGAGCUUUUAUCUUUAUGGGGAAAUCUGGGUCUAGAAAGAAGAAGGGUGGUUCCAAUCAUGCUUCUUCCGCCGUUAAUUCGACUCCAAUUGCUAAUGGGGGUGUUGAUUUGGAUUCUUCUAUCUUUUUGAAAAGAGCCCAUGAGUUGAAAGAAGAGGGUAAUAAAAGGUUCCAAAAUAAGGAUUAUGUUGGUGCUCUUGAACAGUAUGAAAGUGCACUUCGUCUUACCCCUAAAACUCACCCUGAUCGAGCUGUGUUUCAUAGUAAUAGAGCGGCUUGUUUGAUGCAAAUGAAGCCAAUUGAUUAUGAUACUGUUAUCUCUGAGUGUACUAUGGCCCUCCAGGUCCAGCCUCGAUUUGUUCGAGCUCUCCUUCGAAGGGCUCGUGCAUAUGAGGCCAUUGGGAAGUAUGAAUUGGCGAUGCAGGACGUGCAGGUCUUGUUGCUUGCCGAUCCUAACCAUCGUGAUGCUCUUGAUAUUGCUCAGCGGUUGAGAGCUGCUGUGGGACCUCGCCAGGAGGCUCAACAGGACCUUCAGAGCCGCCCGUCACCUGCUGCUUUAGGUGCCUCGGCGGUUGGUGCCCCAAUUGCAGGCUUAGGUCCAUGUUUGCCUACUCGACCGGUUCAGAAGAAGGCAGCAGCCUCCAUUGGGGGUGCCACAGUACUUCUAAAUAGUAAACUAGAAAAGCAUCAAGGGGUUGUACCUACUGAAAAUGGCCCAGCUGAACCCAAAUUGCAAUUUCCCAAAGUAGUCUUGAAGCCUUCAAGUGGACCUGCAAAGGCUCCUAAUGUAAGUGAAGAUAAACUAAAGGAAGAUUCACUUUCUUCUUUGUCAUCACAUGCUCAAAGUCUAAACCAAGAACCUAAGGUUCAGUUGAGGCCUUUGAAGCUUGUUUAUGACCAUGACAUAAGGCUUGCCAUGAUGCCAGUGAAUUGCAGAUUCAAAGUGCUUAGAGAGAUUGUGAGCAAACGCUUUCCCUCAUCAAAAUCUGUUUUGAUCAAGUAUAAGGAUGCAGAUGAUGAUUUGGUGACAAUAACCUGUACAAGUGAACUUAGACUGGCGGAGCUUUGUGCUGAUAGCUUUGUUCCUAAGGAUGCUGAAGUAGAUAGACCUGCUUCAUUUGGAAUGCUUAGAUUGCAUGUCGUAGAGGUGAGUCCUGAGCAAGAGCCACCUUUGUUGGAAGAUGAGGAUGAGAAACCUGUCGAGAGUGAAGAAUCCAAGGGAGAUGAUAGUGAGCAUGUUUCACCUCUCGGGGAGUCUGUGGCAGAAGCUACCGACUCUGAAAAUGAUAAGAUAGAGAAAGAAGAUCUGAAGGAGAAACUAGGAGAUUCGGAAGAUCCUGAGUGCAAGGAAGUUGAGAUGGAUGAUUGGUUAUUUGAAUUUGCUCAACUUUUCCGCACCCAUGUUGGUAUUGAUCCAGAUGCUCAUGUAGAUUUGCAUGAGCUUGGAAUGGAGCUCUGCUCUGAGGCUCUUGAGGAGACGGUUACUAGUGAAGAAGCUCAGAAUCUUUUUAACAAGGCAGCAUCAAAAUUCCAGGAGGUUGCUGCUUUAGCUUUCUUUAACUGGGGUAAUGUUCAUAUGUGUGCUGCAAGGAAACGCAUUCCUCUCGAUGAGUCAUCUGGAAAGGAUAUCGUGGCGGAGCAGCUUCAAACUGCUUAUGAAUGGGUGAAGGAGAAGUACACCCUUGCAAGAGAGAAAUAUGAAGAGGCACUUUUGAUCAAGCCUGACUUUUAUGAAGGUUUAUUGGCCCUUGGCCAACAGCAGUUUGAAAUGGCUAAACUUCACUGGUCUUUUGCACUAGCUAAGAAAAUAGACCUUUCAAGUUGGGAUUUUACAGAAACACUUGAGCUUUUUGACAGUGCAGAGGAGAAAAUGAAAGUAGCGACCGAGAUGUGGGAAAAAUUGGAGGAGCAGAGGGCAAAUGAGCUAAAAGAUCCAACUGCAAGCAAGAGGGAAGAGUUGUUGAAGCGACGAAAGAAACAUGCGGGCAGUGCAGACAAUGAAAUGCAGGGAAUAGGUGGUCAGCAUGAGGUUUCAGCAAAUGAAUCUGCAGAGCAAGCAGCUCUAAUGAAAUCCCAGAUCCAUCUAUUCUGGGGCAACAUGCUUUUCGAGAGGUCCCAAGUUGAAUGUAAAAUAGGGACAGGAGAUUGGAAGAAGAACCUUGACGCUGCUGUAGAGCGCUUCCGACUUGCUGGAGCUUCUGAGGGUGACAUUUCUGUUGUUUUGAAGAAUCAUUGUUCUAAUGAGAAUGCUUCAGAAGGCGAUGAUAAGAAGAGUGUAAACAAUAAAGGCAACGUGAAUCAAGAAAAGGAAGUUAUCAUUAAAGAAGUCAAUCAAGUAUCAUCUGGGUAGCUGAUACAAAUGAUGCUACCAUAACAUUAUACGACGACAGUGUUGAAACCAAUUGCUAAAAUUCACUACAACGAACAAAAGAAAAGAAAUCACAUUGUUUUUCAGCCAGGCAUUAGGAUGAUUCCUUCCAACGGAUGCUCGAUACACGGAGCAGCCAUGUGUAGAGUUCAUUGGGGCAGGUUAUGAAUUCCGAAUGAACUUUGUUGAUCAUUUCACAAGUAAUCAAAUAAUUUGUCUGCCAGAUUGAUGAUAUUUAUCUUGAAGAAACGAACUGAUUCUGGUUUUGCCUCAACUUUUUCCAUUUUGUGGUAAGGUUUUGUUUGGAUAUAUUAAUAUAUUUUUUCCUAGAUAUUCUUAAUGAGCUUGUCACUUCAUGUAAUAUCAUAACUUUGGCCGUGGCUGCAACUGGAAGGAGGAUGGUUUUGGUUAUUUUA